UAAUCUCUUGCCAGCUCCACCCUCCUCAUCUCUCUCUCUCUCUCUCUCCAAAGUCGUAAACUUUUGAUUCUUGUUCCUACCUGGUUCAGCACAUGCUCCUCAAUCUCUUCUUCUUCUUGUUCUUUUUCCUUCUUUUUUUAUAAUUAUUUUAUAGAAAGUUUCAAUUUUUUGGUUUGUUGGUGAUACCCAUUUCCUUUUUGUUUUCUGGGGUCAAUGCGGUCAUGUUCUCACGAAAUUAGGGCUUCAAUUCUUCAUCUGGGGUGAUUGAUUGGGGUCAAUUGUUCCAUGGGAAUGUAGCUGUAGAAGGUGGUGUUGUAUUUGAACAAUAAAAAUCCCACCUUUAUUUCUGGCUAAUUGGAUGAGUAGGUUUGGAAAUCUCAUUGGAUUUGAGUGGAUUUUUCAAUAAAGGUUGGAUUUUUGGCCUGCUUGAACCCCUUUUUGCACAAUUAGGUGCUGAAUUGGGAACAAAUCUGAGCAGAAAAAAGCUUGUUGAAGUUUCUGGGUAUUGGGAUUUUUAAGGUCAUCUUAUGAUGGAUCAUGUGAUUGCUGGGAAGUUUAAAUUGGGAAGGAAAAUUGGAAGUGGGUCUUUUGGGGAACUUUAUAUUGCUGUUAAUGUACAAACUGGAGAGGAGGUGGCUGUCAAGUUGGAACCUGUGAAGACCAAGCAUCCACAGCUUCACUAUGAGUCAAAAUUGUAUAUGCUUCUUCAAGGAGGAACUGGGAUUCCCCAUCUCAAGUGGUUUGGAGUUGAGGGAGACUACAAUAUCAUGGCAAUUGACCUUCUUGGACCAAGUCUAGAAGAUUUGUUCAAUUAUUGCAACCGGAAGUUAACAUUGAAGUCAGUCUUGAUGCUUGCUGAUCAAUUAAUUAACAGAGUUGAAUAUAUGCAUUCAAGAGGUUUCCUUCACCGUGACAUAAAGCCAGACAAUUUUUUAAUGGGCCUAGGACGUAAAGCAAACCAGGUCUACGCCAUUGACUUUGGCCUUGCAAAAAAGUAUAGGGAUCUUCAGACUCAUAGGCACAUCCCAUACAGGGAAAACAAGAACCUUACUGGCACAGCUCGUUAUGCAAGUGUCAAUACUCAUCUUGGAAUUGAACAAAGCAGAAGGGAUGAUCUGGAAUCUCUUGGUUAUGUGCUCAUGUACUUCUUAAGAGGAAGUCUUCCUUGGCAGGGACUGAAAGCUGGAACCAAAAAACAAAAAUAUGAUAAAAUCAGUGAGAAGAAGAUGUCAACUCCCAUAGAGGUGCUCUGCAAAUCAUAUCCUUCAGAGUUUGUAUCAUAUUUCCACUACUGCCGAUCAUUGCGGUUUGAGGACAAGCCUGACUAUUCAUAUUUAAAGAGGCUUUUUCGAGAUUUAUUUAUUCGAGAAGGUUAUCAAUUUGACUAUGUUUUUGACUGGACUGUUUUGAAGUAUCCGCAGAUUGGUGGCAGCUCCAGAGGACGGCAUGACAGUGGCAAGGCAGCUAUGCAUGCAGGACCAUCUGUACAAAAGCCAGAAAAGAUUUCAGUUGGGAAAGAGAUUCGAGAGAAGCUAUCUGGUGCUGUUGAAGCAUUCUCGCGGAGGAACCCAACAAGUUCUAGUCCUCGUCGUGAUCAUUCCAAGCAUAGGAGUUUUGAGGAUGUAGCUGUACACAAGGAUCCGUAUCAUGAUCAAGAGAAGGGACGCAGUUCCUCUCGAUAUGGCAGCAGCUCAAGAAGACCCGUAAUCUCAUCAUCAACCAGGCCAAGUUCCUCAGCCGAUCAUACUGACAGUCGUACUGGCCGACUAACCUCAAGCGGUAGCCGCCCAUCCGCAACACAUAGAAAUCAACCCUCGUAUGAGGCCAAACAGCCAACUUUCGUGCGCUCUGGAUCCACGCGAGGCAAUCGUGAUGAUCCUCUGAGGAGUUUUGAGCUCCUCUCUAUCAGGAAGUAAUAACAAGUGUAUCCAGUUUCAUUCUUCAGAAGACAUUUUCCAAAUUCUAACGUGCAUGUCACUGUUUACGCAAAAACGAUCUCAAGCACUGUGGAGUCAUGUUCCAUGUAUAUUACUGAAUUAACAAGCAUUGUGGAGUCAUGUUCCAUGAUCAACUUCACUUCCUGACAACUGGACCAAGGUGGACUUUUUUCUACCCCCCAGAGUCUUGUGAAGGUGAUAUCUCAGCUGCUGUAACAUGUUCCUAAAACAUGCUCCAGAGAACUCAAUCAGGGUUCUUUUUUCUGGUUAAUUUUUUUUACUAGAUAAAUGUGUUUACCUUUUUCCUGAAAAAAAUAUUAGAUGAAACCAAGAGUUGUAGUUUAUGAUACAAUUGUUAUUGUUUGUUCACGAUUUACCUAUGUGUUGAAAAUGGAAUUAUUGAGAAGUUAGAAUUC